AUGCCUGGUGCAAGCGUAGCCGUUCUCCCGCCGCCCGCGGCCUCGACCCCUUCCGCGCGCAAGGCCUCUCUGGCCCCGGAACGAAAGUACAAAUGCCAGUUCUGCCACCGAGCCUUCAGCAGGAGCGAACAUCGCAGUCGUCACGAGCGAUCACACACAAAGGAGCGACCCUUCAAAUGUUUGAAAUGUCGGAGCACAUUCGUGCGUCGCGACCUCCUCCUUCGUCAUGAUCGCACCGUCCACGCCAAAGAUGGAGGUGUUCCCCUUCACAGUGAUGGGAAACGCCGCGCUGGUACCAAAACUCGCAAUGUGGAAACGCCUUCUAAAAGUCACCUCGAGCUGGACACCUCGACUCUCGAGCAAAUGGAGGGCAAUGACAGCAUCUUUGACGUUGAGGCAGCGGCGAUGCUCGUUGCCGAUCUCCAUCACAAGGCUACCGCUUCCGCGCGCGAGAACCAGAGCUCCUUCGAAGAGAGUCCCUCCAUGGCGUACGCGAGUCACAACACCUCGAUGAUGGAGUCAAGUGUCACCUACCCCUCUGGCGCCAUUGCUCUGCCCCAAGUACAGUGGGAUGGAUUCAUGCCUCAAUCUGUCUCGGAGCCAAACUCGCACUCGAUCACGUCCAACGGCUCCUUCGAGGCCCAGCACUCCAAGCAUGCCCAGGCCGUUGCCAACCAGCUCCCGCCCAUCGCAGGCCAGAACCCCAACCUUGUGCCUGCUCUGCAAUCUAUGAUCAGUUCGCUUCCGAACUCUGGAGCCGGCACCCCAUUGCCUCAGAGCCCUUCACUCGACGCAUCACAAGCAGGCUUCAGGACGCCUCAAGUCGCCAGUGAUGAGGAGCGCAACAUCAUCCUCGACACCAUUCGACGCAAUGACAGUGAGCGAGCUAUUCCCGAGGGGUUCCGCCUGCCCGGCCUGGGUUCCAUCAACCGUUACUUGUCCACGUACUUUGGCCUGUUCCACCAUCAUCUGCCGUUCCUGCACCCUGCCUCCUUCAGCCCCACCAAGGUCUCGCCGCCCCUGCUCCUCGCGGUCCUGAGCAUCGGCGCCUUGUAUGCUUUCGACCAAGACCAAGCUUACAUGCUCCACAUUGGUGCCAAGGUUCUCGUCAGCCAGUUCUUGCAGAACAAGGAGAACUUCAGCUCCCGCAAAUGCCCACUGUGGACCAUGCAGGCCACGAUGCUGAACAUGGUUUUCGCCUCGUGGAGUGGUGAUCCCAAGGGUCUUGAAUGGGCGUGCUCCAUCAAGAGUCUUCUCGCCAACAUGGUUGCGGGCAAUCGCUACGAGCUCAAGCUCCGCCAAGAUGCGCGCAGUGGCUCGACUCCGAGCCAGGCUGAGUGGGUUGAGGAUGAAGGUUGCCGCCGAACAUACUACGCGGUGUACAUCUUCUUUGGUCUGCUCACCCUGACCUACAACCACACGCCGGCCAUGGGGUUCAAUGAGUUUGAGGACUUGCAGCUGCCUUCGACCGAGGCUCUUUGGAACAUGCCCACCGUGGACGAAGCCACUUGGACCGACUACUACAAGCAAUCGCCUGCAGCGACCUUUUUGGAAUCACACGACCGGCUUUUCCAAGGCGAGGCCUUGAGGUACAGUGCCUUCGCUACGCGUGUCAUGAUCAAUGCCCUCUUCCUCGAGGUGUGGUACCACAAGCGCAGCCCCGAGGCCCUUCAAGAUGUGGUCACCGAGUACAAGCUCCGACUUGCAUUGGAAACCUGGGAAAAGUCUUUGGAUCUGUGUGAGCCCGAGGCCGUCCUCGUUCCCUUGAGUGCCCCCCACAAGGGCCACCCUCUACUCUUCAACGCCAAGGCCUUGUAUCGCAAUGCUCGUGCCAGGUUGGAAGUGGACCUGAAGGCCGUACAGGAGGCUCUGCGUUACCAUGAUCCCUACGAGGUCGCUGCUGCCAUGUCUCACGCCCGUGACCGCGUAAAGCGGUCUAGUGAGAUGCUCAAGGUCAUCCAGGAGUGCUACAACUGCAUCGAGACGGCUGUCGUCCAAGGCGUUCGCUGGGUUGCGAGAACAUCUCCGACCAACUGGAGUGUCGAGCACCCGCUGUGUGGAUUGGAUCUCAUGAUCAUCCUCUCGCUCUGGCUCUACCGUCUGGAACACGACGAGGAGCCUGCCACGCGCGAGGAACUGGCCAUGUACAACCAGGUCCGCCAGCUGUUCGUCAAGGAUGUUGAGGAGCGUUACCUGUCCCAGCUCAGCUCUGUGGUUGCCAGGCUCUGGGGCUCCAUGCUCGACGAAGUCGUUGUGUGGGGCAUCACCCGUCGCCUGGGAGAAUCCUUCAAGCUCCACUCCCAGGCACUUGUCGGCUACGUCGACGACCUCGAAGCGUCCUCCAACGUGUCGACCCCCUCCAUGAUCUCGCAGGGGGCCGACGAGGACAGCGUGUACUAA